AAUCUCACGGUGACGAGCCCAACUCAUAAACAAGCACAUUUCUUUAGAACCUCUAAACCUCUAAACCACCUCUAAAACCUCUCAUACGCAAAUUCAUCUCUCAUUUUCUGCCCACUGCCACAGUGGCACAGUGCCCAGUCAAUAUUCACCACACCGGCACCGCCGCACCGGCACCGUAGCCUCCUCCGACCAGCCCGCGCCCCGCAGUCUGCUCGUCACCGGUCAGGCGGUCACCGCGUCAGGUGCAUAAUUAAGUAAACUAUGGCCAAGCGAUUUAGCAGGAGUCAAGGUUUUAGAGGUCCCAGAACGCUUGCCAAGUGCAGGACUAUUAGUAAGAAUGGUAAGAAGGGUCGUCGAACAGAAUACGAGGAUGCUGUAGACAAGCACACUGGUUCCCUAGAUGAUAUAUACAAGAAGCAUGGGAAGACUACAGUUUCUUCUGAAGAUGAUGAGGAUGUGGAGGAAGGAGAUGAAUACGAUGAAGAAGAGGAGGAAGAGGAGGAGGAAGAAUUAGAGCUUUAUAGUGAGCCUUCUGUUUAUGAUAGUUUACUUAACAAACUGGAUAGUGGUAGCAACCUGCGUGCAGAUGGGAACCAAAAAAGAGAAAGAUGCAUCGAAAAUGGAACUGAUUCUGAAGAACAGAGUGAUUACAAGGAUGGCGACAAAGAUGAUAUUAAAGGUUUAGAUAACAAUUUUGGAACAACUAAUGGGAUGCGUGAUGCCCUGAUAUCAAGUGAUGAUGAGGCUACUGAUGUGGGAUUGGAUUAUGACGAUGUCUCUGAAGCUGAGAUAUUUUUAACAGAAGACAUUGCCGAAGGUCUUGUUACUUCAUCCCAAAGCCAAAGUAGCUUUGGGAUUCAUAUAGAACACAAACUGUCACCAAAUGACAUAGAAAAAUUGCUGAAACGGAAAUGGAAGUAUAGAUGGAAUAUGCCUGCCUUAGACUCAAGCUGUGGUAUAUGGAUGGGCACCGGAGAUCGUUUUUCGGAGGAUUCUGCUUCCACUGCUCCUUAUGAUCUCAAAUUAAAGCUGUACAAGCACUGGUUGGAGGUUUAUAAUACAUCUGGGGGCAAAAAAUUUCAGUCUUCGAAGCAAAGAUUCUUUUUCUCCCUUUGCAACAGCUACAGAGAUAUACUUCACCAUCACAAGAAGCCCUUCUAUCAUAAGGGGUCAGACGAGGAUUCAUGUAUCAUGGAUGCGUAUAUUAUGCAUUCGCUUAAUCAUGUCUUCAGAACUAGGGAUCUUAUCACAAAAAAUGAUGCUAAAUUAUCGAAGCACCAGGAAACUGCUAGGGAAGAAGUCAUAAAUAGUGAGGAUUUCCUUGAUCAAGGCUUCACUCGACCAAAAGUGCUUAUUCUGCUGCCACUAGCAAGCAUUGCUCACCGUCUUGUGAAGAGGCUUUUACAAUUGACGCCUUCGGCACAUAAGGUCAAUGUGGAAUAUAUGGAUCGGUUUGACAAGGAGUUUGGAACUGACUUCGAAGAAGACGAGGAUGAUGUUGAUGCCAAGGACUUAAAGCUCAAGAGGCCUUCAAAACCUUCCGACCAUCAGGCACUUUUUGGUGCUGGUUAUAAUGAUCAUUUUAUGGUUGGGAUAAAGUUUACAAGGAAGAGUGUAAGGUUGUAUAGUGACUUCUAUUCAUCAGAUAUGAUCGUGGCGUCACCUCUUGGCUUGAUUACUAAAAUUGGGGAAGCCGAGGCAAACAAGGAAAAAGAUGUUGACUAUCUCUCCUCAAUAGAGAUUCUAGUUGUAGAUCACGCAGACAUAAUCUCUAUGCAGAACUGGUCCUUCGCGAAUACAGUUAUCGAACAUCUUAAUCUUUUGCCUCAUAAGCAACAUGGAGGUGACAUCAUGCGUAUCAGACAAUGGUAUUUGGAUGCACGUGCACAGUUUUACCGACAAACAAUUAUAUUAAGCUCUUAUAUUAAUCCAGACAUAAAUGCUUUGUUCAAUCGCCAUUGUCUCAACUUUCAAGGGAAGCUGAGAUUGUCUUGUGAACACAAGGGUGUGUUGCCCAAAGUUAUACUGGAAGUGAGACAGGUUUAUGAGCGCUUUGAUUCAGAUUCCAUAGCUGAAGAUGACAGUGCUCGUUUGGAUUACUUUAUCAAAAAGGUAUUUCCGAAGAUAAAGGAUUCUAUCCAGGGUGGAAUCAUGCUAUUUAUAAGUUCCUAUUUCGAAUUUGUCCGCAUCCGGAAUUUCUUGAAAUCCCAAAAUGCAUCUUUCUGUCUGUUAGGCGAGUAUACAAAGCCAGCAGAUAUUUCUCGUGCGAGAAAUUGGUUCAUCAAGGGACAGCGAAAGAUCAUGCUCUACACUGAGAGAUCCCAUUUUUACCAUCGUUACAAGAUCCGUGGGAUCCAGAAUCUAAUUAUUUAUUCUCUUCCAGAGAGGAAGGAAUUUUACCCUGAGGUUCUGAAUAUGCUUGAAGGAUCUCAGAACAUGACCUGUACAGUACUCUUCUCGCUCUUUGACCAGCUACGGCUUGAGAGAGUUGUUGGAAGUGCUGCAGCAAAGAGGAUGGCAUCAUCAGAAAAGAGCCUUUUUAUCUUCAAAUGAGAGGUUGUAGCUACUUGUUCUAUAGCUGUUGUGUACUGGAUGUAGAGAAUAUAUACUUUAGGUGCACUAGAUUUUAUUUAUUUAUCGGAGUGAUAUCCUUGUAAUCACAAAAGAUGUUCUGAAUUGCAUUUAGAAUGCAGACAGCAGGCAUGUAAAAGAAAUUUUGAGUACAAAUCAUUUUUGUCCAUUCA